GCAGCAGAGUUUGUCGGAGAGAAGCUAACAGUCGCGUUGUGUUUCUACGUCUUCUCUUAGCCCGCGGUUCUGUAGGAUUUGAUGAUAACGCAUGAAUUCCGUGCUAUUUGCUGGUUUCUUUGUAUCUGCUAGUGCUGUCUUGGGCGACAACAAAGGAAGGAUAGCUAGUGUUAUUUCAGAUGUUUGGGACGUGGAGGAGGUUACUUUUGACAUGGCAGCUCUCCUGAACUUAUUUAUUUUGUGUAGCGUUAGCCGUGCUCAGCUGAACGCCGCCGAUGUUAGUUAAAUUGAGAAGGUUUUCGAUGGUAAUCGGAGCGUUGUGAUCUUUAUAGUCAUCAUCACUGAGGGUCCACUGUGCGUUUCAGCUCAGACUUGGCAUCAAUGUAGUGUCAUAGUAAAUCGGUCAAUUUUCUGGUCAACUGCGGACUGUUACACAGAAUGAAAAUUGUGACGCAGUUGUGGAAAACAUCUUUCAUUGCAUGCUGCAGCAGUGCUGUCCGGCUUUGCGGCACCCACAUAAGCUGCUGCAAAACGUCCGUGCAAUGCUUAUGUGCCAGUAGGUACAUAAUGUUAGAUUUUUGAAACAAUGUAAAAUGCAUUCAAUCAGUUGGGGUAAAUGUUGGGGGUAGAGGGGUCUGGAAGAAAUAGUUGUUUUGUAAAGGCUUGGGAUUUGUAGUUUACUGUCCCAACCAGAGCUGAGGUUUCAAUGGCGCCUUUGAAGGAAAUGGACUACAACGCCCAUAGGCCCAACUCUCCAGAUACUUUGUAAACUCUGUGCAAGUUGCGCGUCUGCACUGCUAUUUUAGGUAUGCAGCUAGUGCUAUCUGUUCGGCUGUGUGUUGGUUUGCCUGGUUCUGGCCUCUGGAAAUAAAUGAAAAGCGUCGGUGUUUGAUGACAGCUUGAGGAGGGGAAUGUACAGAUGACGUUUGGCAACGAGAUUUACAGCUGAAUUCCCACUUGACUACACUGGCCAGCAUCCAUAAGAUCCACCACACCUUGCACAGGCUGAACCUGACAGAAGACGUUGGACAGGAUAGCCACCCCUCAGCUUGUUGCUCUAGAGCCAUGCCUCCUAGGAAAAAGAGGAGACCCUCUGCUGGAGAUGACAUGUCAGCCAAGAAAAGUCGCCAGGACAGUGUUUUCAGAAAACAUGAAACGUCACAAAUUCGCGAGGAGGAGACAUUUUCUAGUAAAAGAUGCUUGGAGUGGUUCUAUGAAUAUGCAGGUUGUGACGAUGUGGUGGGUCCAGAGGGCAUGGAGAAGUUCUGCGAGGACAUCGGAGUGGAGCCAGAGAAUGUGGUGAUGCUGGUUCUUGCUUGGAAGCUGGAUGCCCAGAGUAUGGGAUAUUUCACUCUCCAGGAGUGGCUGAGAGGCAUGGGCUCACUGCAGUGCGACUCCACAGAGAGGCUGAGGAACUCGCUCGAUUACCUGAGAUCUGUCCUAAACGACAGCACCAGUUUUAAGCUCAUUUAUAGAUAUGCCUUUGAUUUUGCUCGGGAAAAGGAUCAGAGGAGUUUGGACUUGAACACAGCCAAGUGCAUGCUGGGGCUUCUUCUGGGAAAGACAUGGCCCCUGUUUCCCGUGUUUAAUCAGUUUCUAGAGCAAUCCAAGUACAAAGUCAUCAACAAAGACCAAUGGUGCAAUGUUUUAGAGUUCAGCAGGACAAUCAACCUGGACCUCAGUAACUACGAUGAGGAUGGUGCCUGGCCUGUUUUGUUGGAUGAGUUUGUGGAGUGGUACAAGGAAAGACAGAUGUCAUAGCUGCAGAGCAAAAUGGAAAAUGGAAAAAACACAACUGUGACAACAACGACUAUGAGAAUCAACAACCAAUAAGUAAACAAUACAAAAAUGGUAAAGCAGUGACUGUGGGUGCUUCCUAGUAAAGGAGGGAUUUGGGGCUGUGGGUGGGCUAGGGUGGGGGCGACGGGUUUGCAGCCUGGGUGCACGCUGCCCAGAGCACGGAUGCGGAGGGCUGCCAUUGUGGAGUAAUGUUCCCUACCGAAGUUGCAUAGUGGGCAAGCUUGCAGCAAUCCCCAGUGGCAUUGCUGUCUCUCACUGUGACAUGUCAUAUUGCUGUCUGUGUUAGGAUAACAUGGUAUCAUACAUGGAUGAUGGAAGCAAAAUGGUAUUAUGUGGGAGAACCACUCCUCACCCUUAUCUUCAGCACAGAGAACCCAACGGAAGUGACCAUUCAUGCAUUGUGUCUGAGUCUUAAACAGGGUCACUUUGACCUGGGCACAUUAAAUAUUAUAUAUCUGUGCAAUGAACUUGAACUUGAGCUUUUCUGGACAGAUGGCACUAACUAUUGUUUGUCAUAUUUUCAGUUUGAUAGGAAUUCUUCAAGAAGCACACUGUGUCAAAUGGUUGAUCGCAGGUUUCUGAUGCCUGUGCUGUUUACUAUUGAUCUGUGCCAGUGAUUUCUUUUUUUUCCCUCCAGUUUUUGUUCCCUCCUGCUGUUUUGCUCCAGCUAAUGCUAACAGUUUGCUAACCCCCCGGCAAAGGCUUCAGACCUCAUAACACCAAACAAAUCAGCAUUGCUGCUUACUAACUCUUAUUACAGCGGUGAGCCACUAGUGCUCUGAUCAGCAUUUAUUGGUCCGGUGACCAAUCGAUGUAUCUACGUUGUGUAGGUAAGAGUAUUAUUGUGCCUCAAACCAUGGAAGUCACUUUGUGUGUCCCACACACGUACCAACAAAUCCAAAUGUACAUACACGUGUGAGAACACAUACAACACAUACAGAUACUCAUGCACACACAGACACACUGAGUGGUCAGGGAUUAUUUCAGGAUGAAUUCAAACUGUUUGGGCUGUGUUAUAAGUUGACAUAGAUCUAGUUGGUGUCCAUUUUGUCUUGAUAUGUGGUAUAUGUUUUGUCUUCCUUAGUCCACUGAUAGUUUCAGGUCUCUUCCUAGUAGCAUCUCUCCCAACACUGACAGUGUUUUAUAUAUGUAUAUAUAUACACACAUAUAUACAUGUAUAUAACUAUGGAAGACCAGUGACCCUCUCAGGACGAGGUCCUUUAGGCUUGAGUAGUAAGGUAGGUUUGCUGAAAGCAUUGCUUUGUACCACCCGUAGGAUCUAAUCAAAACAAUGGACACUGACGGUUUGGAACUGUGUGAUGAUGCUAUGCUCUUCUUUCGCCUAGUAUAAUGUUCUUGUAACACAUGUAUAAAUUUUUGUCUUUGGCUGUUGUGUGAUGCUGAAUCGUCAGAAGAUUUAAUAUUUGCAUGCAUGCUCCAACAGAGCCUUUGGUGAAUGGAUGAGAUUUUUUGAAAACAUUUUUCAAAUGCGUUUUUGUUUUGUACAGGAAUUUGUGCAAGUGUUUUGUGCUCAAUUUGAUAUUCAUGAUCAUGUUAUCUUAAUUCUGAUGAACAACAUGAUCGUGUCUAUUAAGACCUGGAACACACCUGUAACCUCACGGUGGAACAGGAGUUCCCUCCUGCAUUUGCCCCAUCUUUCAGAUCCUUACACGUGCUGUAAAGCUUUAGGUAGCUACAGCCAGUACAGGAUCUAAUUUUAUUUAUUGGAAGUGCGUAACUUGUUUUGCAACUUUUGCACCACACUGUCACAAUACACACAAAAUACACUUUGAAAUCUGUCGUGAAGUUAAUAGACAUCAGCUCCCGUGUCACUGAAGCGCACUGCUGAUAAAACUGUAUGAAAGCCUCUUUUGUCAUUACAACACCAUCAACCAUCAGCAUAAAAUCUAAGGUCGAAGUAGUUGUUGGAUUGCUUACCAAAUACUGUGUAGAGAUCAGUGUAUAGAGUUUUCUCCCAUGACAGUGCAGGAGGAUGAACAGCCUUGUCCCAACUGUAUAUAUGUAUGUAAACUAUGUAAGUGUCUAUAUGUCUGUUUUCACUAUAACCUAUGUCUAUAUACAUAAAUAAAAUGGUUUAUUAACUUA